GGGAGGUAUAUGCUCAUCAUCUCUACGCGACGGUCGACGCUGGUGGCACUGGUGAUCCUGAACUAAACUAAACUUUAUUUACAAAGGUCAACCAAUCAGGAGCAGCCAUCAUGCUGUCGGUGGCUGGUUUGUCAGGAGCGGGCGUGGCUAGGCCGAGGAGGUCAUCUAGCCCAGAAAGAAGCUCUACGUCCACACCCCGUAGCAUGCUCAGUAUGAACAGUGCUGCCAGUAUGCUUGAUGACGGAGAUCACCAACUCGUGGAGAAGGAGCCUGUCUCAGAAGGUAAUCUCAAGAUCCUCAAUCAUGUACACGUUCAACAUGAGGUGAUGUGCUGUAAAUACAGUGAAGAUGGCUCCAUGAUUGCUGCAGGUUUAAAAGAUGGCUCAAUAAAGAUCUUUUCAUCAGAGUCCGGAGCUCCAUUGUACAACCUUGCCGACAGUGAGACUAAGGAAGCCCAUCUACCUUGCACAAGUAUAAACUUCAGACACCACCUUGAUGCAGAUAAAUCUCAUAAUGUGCUGCUUGCAACAUAUGCAAAUGGACUGGUCAAGCUGUGGCAUACGGCCAGCGGUCAGUGCCUACACACUAUCCAUGAACCCAGACAAGCGACCCUGGCCGCGGCAUUUGACACCAAGACGUCACUGUUUGUGACCUCUGGAUCAGAUGACAAGAUCUAUGUCUACGAUGCCUCCACUACACAGAUCAUACAGACCUGUCAACCAAGCCCGUCAAUGAAUGUGAUGGAUGGGCAUAGGAGCCGAGUGUUCUCUAUUAAGUUUCAUCCUAGGAAUGCCAACGAGUUUGUGACAGGAGGCUGGGACGACACUCUUCAGUUCUGGGAGACCAGAAAAGAACAUGCCAUCAGGAAAUCGUAUGGACCUCACAUAUGCGGUGAUGCCAUUGACAUUGACCUCCAGCAUGAUCACAUCCUUACAGGGUCGUGGAGGAAGACAAACAGUCUACAGAUUUGGGAUUAUCCAACAGGCUCACUCAUCAAGACUGUUCCCAAAGACAUCAGUAAUUCAUUGCUUUACUGUGCCCAAUGGCUUGGCAAGGAUCACAUCGUAGCAGGAGGGUGUGACGCUAACAUGGUGAGAGUGAUCGACAGGGGGACAUUGCAGACUACUGGUAGGAUAGUGGAUCUGUCUCGCGGUGUGUACUGCAUGGAUAACAACCGCGAAGGAAACAUUCCAAGGUUUGCAGUCGGGUCCUCUAGCAGUCUACUCUUCCUGGAGAUGAAGAAGACGUAAUCCUCUUCCUUCACUUCACAUACUGUAUAAGCCAUUGUAUUUGCAAAUAGAUAUCUUUGGGGAUAAUCAGCACAGGCUACGUACAAACUACAUUAUCACAUAUGUGUUGCCAGAUCAUUUUUGUGGGUCAAUUGUUAAAUUUUUGACCUUGCAACACUUUUUGAAAUAUGUGAAAUAAUAGCCUCAUGAAAAUAAUGGCUCAUACACAGUAUUUAUAAAGGUUACUUGAGUUCUGGUGAUGAAACUGCAUUUUGAGAGAAAAUUUUCUGAAGGAAAUUCUUUAUUGUAUUUUCCCAUCCAGUACAUAGCAAUAAAAUAGCCAAAUGGGACAUGGGGUGGGGGCAGUUACUCAUGCAUUCAGCGUUUUGCCUUCCCGUGCAUGCAAUGAUCUUUUGGUAAUUGUGUGUAAAUUACUCCUCUGUAAAAGUUGACAAAUCAAAUAUUAUGUGGCUUUUUUGGAUCACCAGUAAAGGAUAUCUGGGACUACAUAUUCAAUUAUUAUCCUUUGAUAUGCCUAUCACUUGGCUCUUAUCGACUUUUAAUCAAAAUCCAAUAAUAAUAUAGUCUAUUUGUUGUUGUUGACAUUCAAUACUAAUUUUUGUUGCAUUUGUUGGAUUGAGAAUUUUACUCUGCAUCAUUGCUAAAACUCACAACUACCUUUGACAGCGAAGUCUGUAAUUCGGCAGCUUUCUCUGCUGAUCGAUAAAUGUAUAGCAGUCAAAGUCCUUCUCCGUCAUUCUAAGGCCAGUGCUUUUCUAACUUAAUGCUGCUUUUACAUGUGCUUGUUUGCAUUUGUGUUUGAUUGGGAUAAAAUAUAUGAAUGUUCAUCUUGUAAAGAUACAAAUGUCAAUUUAAUCAACAUAUGGCUGCCUUGUUUUUGGAAUUAAGGGUUAUUUUGCGAGUGAGACAUAAUGACAAAGUUUCGCAAAUGCAUGGGUGAUUGACCACCAGUAUGACUGACAAUAUAUAAAGCAGUGUUGAAUGGAGUGAGGGCAUAUAAUUAAUUCAUAUUGUAUUUUUUUUUUUUACUGAUUAAUGUAAAUAUUUUGAUUUCUUUGUCUUUAAAAUUUUGUCUGCAGUUGGUUAACGGAAUUGAUAGAACACUAACACAUUAUAAAUUGCUUUUGUCAGUUGCUUGUUACUAGAAAAGUCAUUUGUAAAUAACGUUGUCAUAAUUCAGUGGUAAUUUGCUUGCACUACAGCCAAUAUGUUUUGACCUCCAUGUACCAUUGCACAUAAGACUGUGUUAGCCCUAGACUGGUUGUUUGGGACUAGAAACCAUCCUGUAUCAACGUUAUAAUGGCCCCUCAGUAUUCUCCACGUGAGAAUAUCACAAUGUUAGUUUACAUAUGUGUGCUAAUGAUCAUAUAUUUGUGAAAACGCACUCUCCAAAAAUGUGAGGAUGUGCAUAGAAAUUUCUGUUCAUCCUGAUUCUCUUCAAUACCUUAGGGCCCUAAGAACACCUUUUUAUUUUGGCAUUAAAGAUAGUCCUGUUAUUGCAACAACACUUGAGUCAAAGGUCAUUCUAAACUCACACUUGUACUAUUUGCGCACAAAUCGAGUUUUCACAGAUAAGUUGCCAAAAAAUGAACUAAGAUCAUAUAUUUUAUGUAAAUUAUAUAUAGAAGAUAGCAAUAUUUUUGUUAAUAUGAUUUAUUUGCACAGAGUAGUCCAAUUGUUUUAAUUGCCUCGAGCAUGCAACUAUAGCUCUAUUUUAUUCUAUAAUAUUGUCUUUAUGCGUUGAUAUUCUUCAUUAAAGUUGAGUUAAACUUUGCAUUGCCGUAAAUAACAUAUGUAAACAAUAUAUAAUUGGCAUAAUUCCUGUACAUGUUCCAUCAUGAAUUGUACUAAUCAUUCUUUGAAAUGUCCUUCUUGUGAACAAGUUUUCAGAGAAAUGAUUGAUACUUAAAAGAACAAUACCACUAGCCAAACAAUAUAGACAUUUUCUAGACAUUCCUUAAUAUACAAAGAAGAUAUGUAUACCAGUAAGCAUUUUGUUAAUAAGAGAAACAAAAGUUGUAUUAUACAAACUGUAUAGAGUACCGGUACCUCUUUCUCUGAUCUGUCUAGUGAGCAGAACUGUAGCUAGAUGUAUAGUAUUGUGAUGUACAUAUGUGCUUUAGAGUGUGAUGGAACUAAUUAAUAAUUAAACUGAAAUUCUAUAUUCUAUAAUUAUUUUCAAUCAGUGUGAUACUCCGUCCAGAUGGAAGUAUAAUGUCAUAAUUGUUCAGGAAACUAAUCUUGCGAUAUCUGUAUAUUACAUGUAUAUACUGAAAGUCUACUUCUUGCAUUUUGUAAUAUUUUGAUGGUAUAUUUGUAAGAAUGACAAUGUAAUUCACUUCCCAUUGAUUUGUAUUUCAGGUUGAUUGAUCAUUGAUAUUCAAGUUCGAAAGUAAAUUUUCUUUUCACCCUAAAA